UUAAGUUGCUGGAAGGUUCCUUUGUAAAAUGCAUUGGUAGUUCAUUUUCCUUCAUUCACGACUUUGUCAUGGAAGUUACUACAUCGAUAUUUGGAACAGAUUUCCCAGAAGAGACAAUAAAAUAUGCAAGCGGUGAUUUCCUUCGAAAAAGAGUGAAAAUUCAAGAGAAAACUGAAACACCUGAUCCACUUACUAUUUAUCUGGAUCCUAUGUAUAUCGGAGAUCUUAUAGAAAGAUUCUUCAAUGAUAUCAAAUCCGAUUGUAUUUUUGAUGUUGUUCUUAAUCCAUGUUUACGAAGUGAAAGUGUAAUAGAAAAAUUCAUCGAGAAGAUGAAAAGUCUCGACAAUCUAUCAAUGUUCUACACUGAAAAAACCAUAUCGAUUGAAAAAUACAUUUACAGCGAGGAAGCGAUGGCAGCAAGUCGUUUGUCUAGAAUUCGCUUUGUUUCGUUAGAAGAAAGGAUAACACCAAUCAGCAUUCUCAUUUCUUAUUGUCAUGAUGAAAUAUCUUCUUUUUGUUUGAAUAACACUGACAGUAAAGUUUUAAAAGAUUAUUUUUUACUCCCUUCCGUGUGUGCUAAUGGUAGUUUAGAACUAUUCAACUUAAUGGGGAAAAAAGUUAAAAAAUUGUGGAUUGAUAAAAUAUGGGGCAAAAUCUAUUACCCAAUACAUAUAGCAUCUGCUUUUCACAAUGUGGAUAUUGUUGAGAGACUUCUACAAUUAGGAGCUAAUCCUAACACUCUCACAGCAAAUAAAUCUACUUCUUUGAUUAUGGCAGCCACUGAUGACGCGCACAAUUUUGAAGUCAAUCGACAAGCGGGCGUGAAGCGUAAUCAGACAAUUGAAUGUUUGAUAAAGUAUGGAACAAAAGUCAAUUUACGUAAUAAUUUUGAAUGUUCACCAUUGCACUUCUGCAUUUUUAAUAAAGUACCUCGAAACACAAUUGAACUAUUAAUCUCCAAUGGAGCUGAUAUCAAUUUAUGUUUCAAAUCAGGAGAAAGUCUUCUACAUACAGCUUGUAAACUUGGAUAUGACAUCAUGGUACAAGUUCUACUAAACAAAGGCAUCAACAUAAAUUUACGUGAUACAGAUGGUGACAGUCCACUCUGGAAUGCUUGUUUGAAUGGACAUGAAGGCACAGUAAAGUUUCUAUUGAGUAAUGGAGCCAAUAUCAAUCUAUCAAACGAUAAAGGUGACACUGCUUUACAUGUAGCUUGUGAGUGUAAACACACUAAUAUAGUUAAGUGUUUACUGGACAGUGGCGCAGAUAUCAAUGCAUGUAAUUCCAAUGGAGAAAGCCCAUUCUGGAGAGCCUGUUUCUUUGGUAAUGAUAGUACUUUAAAAUUAUUGGUGCAAAACAACGCGAAUAUUAAUUUAUGUCGCAAUGAUGGAAUAAGUCCUUUGUUUAUUUCUUGCCUCAAAGGAUUUGAAAACAAAGUGAAGAUCUUACUUAACAACGAUGCAGACGUCAAUUUAUGUGACAACAAAUGUCUGAGUCCUAUUGGAAGAGCUUCCUUUGAUGGAAGAAACAAUAUCAUACAACUUCUUCUCGACAAAGGAGCCGAUGUGAAUAUAUGUGAUAUUGAUGGACAAAGUCCUCUAUACUUUGCUUGUGACAAGGGAUAUGACAGUAUUGUUAAGCUUUUAUUACAAAAUGGUGCAGACGUCAAUUUAUGUAAACUUGGAAUAUUCAGUCCUAUAUAUAUAGCUUGCAGGAGUGGGCAUUACAGCAUUAUUAAACUUUUAUUGGAGAACGGUGUAGAAAUCAAUGCAUGUGAUAAAUAUGGAUGCAGUCCUAUCGUCAGAGCAUGUAAAAAAGGACAUGAAGCUGUAGUUAAAAUGCUUAUGGAACAUGGUGCCGAUAUUAAUUUGCGAGACGAGCAUGGAAACACAACUGUAGAAAUUGCUCGUGAUUUAAAGCGUGAAGAUAUUGUUGAUCUUAUAUGCACGAGACAUCAGUAAAAGAAUUACCUCAAUGACUAACACAUGAUCAACGAUAAUUCUUUAUCAGUCUGUUUCCCGACUUUUAUUUCGAUUGAUAGACAUUUUCGUGUCAAGUGAUCUUUUUCUCAGCCGAAAUGAUACCAAAAACUCCAAAGUGAUUAAUUUAGACUAUAACUUGAAGAACUUAACAGUGUUACCGAAAUCGCCAGUCAUAAAAGAAAAUAAAGAUGAUGACAAUGUGCACAGGAGCAACGUGACACUGUGAAAAUGUGUCUCUGUCCAAAAAAAGUUUUAGUUGGAGAACAAUUCAAAAGUGAUGACAAAUUUCGAGGAUAAAAUUUUUACCUUAAUGAUACCGAAUAUAUGUAUAUUUUUCAAACUACAUG